GAAUGGUACAGUCCAACAAUUCAAGCAUUUUGCGGGAAGCAUCCAUGGAUAAGAGGAAGCAACUCGAGCUACGGAGUGUUUACAAAACAAACUUGUUACUAAACUACAUUACAGUCUACUACAGUCGUCUCAAUGAGUGCCAUAAAAGGCAGAGGAGCCAAAGUGCGCACAGUAAAACAACAUGAGAGCAAAAAAGGUUCGUCUAAUGAGAACACAGAUUCUCCCAACCUGUCAGCUAUAGACAGAGCUAGCUUCCUGGAGGGACUGCAGCUAAACUAUGGCAACCCUCUUCACAGCACUGCCUUGGAAGAAGAUUUAAACGUUGAGGAACAGGUGAACGGAGGAAAGGCUGGGAAAAAGGAAAUUCCUCAGACGUUGAAGGCUGCUGGUAAACAGCGUGGAGCAGAGGAGAAGAGGAAGGAGGUGCAGAGGGAUGAAGAGGGGAAGGAGGAAGAGGAGAAGAAAAAGAGGAGGAGUGCUGUAAAGACGUCUGCAGCGAGGCCGGAGAAGAAUCAGCUGGUGAAGAAAGGCAAGAAGAGAAAGAGCGGGAUGUCAUGUGACCCCGAGCCACAGGAGCCGUCUGACUCUGGUGGCGCUCAUCAGCUGUCCUCUGAGGAAGAGGAUGGGGGAGAGGAGAGGAGCUGGUGCCCAAGUCCAAAGACGGCCAGGUUCUAUCGUUUGGGCAGAAAGUCUUCAUCGGAGAAGUCGAAAUCUAAGAAGUCUUCAUCAGGCAGUGCAUCUCCUGAACCAGAGACGGCCAGCACUGAUAAACAGAAGAGGCAGAGGGGGGGCCAAGGGGGGACACAGUUAGAGGUGGUGCUGGAAGCCUUCCUGGACUUCUGUGACCAGUACAGGGAGUCUUUGGAGUCCAACACUUUGAAAGAGUGUGUUGAUUCUUUCUCCUCCAAUGUGGAAAAUCAGCUCUUAGAAAAGAUCUCUACUUCCAAGGAGCUAAAGGUUUUAAAAAGAGAAAACAUAAAGGUGGCUUCUUCGAUCCGUACAAAGACACAGAGACUGUUGGAUGCCAAAAAUGAGCUGAUGAGGGGGGAGAGGCAGGUGUUUUUGCUGCAAAAGGAGAAAUCUGAACUUAAAGCACGACUAGCUGAUCUGAGACGAGGCCAAGCCUUCCUGCACGACAUCAGAGAGCUCAACACACAAUACCUGGACUACCGACACAAACACCCCAAAGAAAAAGAGAUGUAUGGUGCCUCCAGCUUGCCAGCUCUGCUAUUAGAGGCCAAGAGUAUUCAGGCAGAAGAACUUCAGCCAAAAGGAAACAAUGAAGAAGAACAAAACUAAGAAAUAAUGCACUAUACCCCACACACAGACAUUUCUUAAACCAGUAAAUGGAAAAGCGACAUUAUUUAUUUUUGUGUUUAUACGAUUAUUUAGUUUGGCCACUUGUGGAGAUAAAUGUAACGGUGGGAGACAGAAGGAAGGAAACGUAGAGGAUCCCCAGAUCGAAAUAUAAUCUUGUUCGGUAACCUUACUAAUCACAUUAAAAUACCUUGAACCACUUGCAGGAAGUUUUGGUUAUGUGGUUUACUGGUUUUGUGUUCAAAGUCAUGUUUUAAUUCUUCUAAAUCAUCUUUAAAUGUAAAUGUUACAGUACCCUACAUUUAAAGUGUUACUCCAUCCAAAAUAAAAAAACAGACAUUUCUCCAGAACUUCUCUUUCUUAGAGCUGAAUGCCUACUCCAAUAGAAAAUUCUAAAUUGAGAAAAAAUACUGGAUUUAGAUUUUGGGUAGUACGAACCUUCCUUCUAUUGCAUGUCGUGUUUGAUAGUUAUAUUGAGCAUACUGCGCUAUAAACCUCUGUGAUAAUAUACAGUAUGUGGUAAGUGCAUCACUGUAAUAUUUCUGACAAAAUGUAACAACAUAUAAGUGGACCUCUGUCUGACACUUAACCAUUUCAGUGUCUCCAGCAUUUCAGUUACUCUGGUUCUGUAGGAGCACUGCAGUGCACAUCGUGCUGCCUUAUUUUGUGCUACUUGUAAUUUGUAUAAGUCUUUUUCUGCAGCACUAGACCAAAUAACCAAACAAUAAUCAAGCUGCAACAGAACCAAUGCAUCCAAAACCUGUCUAGUGGCAAAUAUUUGACAAGUGACACACCCCUUCCCAUUUUACAUACAUAUUAUGAGAAAACUCAAAAAUAAUGAUUUAAUUUCUUAAAAUACUAACACAGUAUUCCGAGAAAGUCUCAUUAUAUCGACAAGAUAUUUUCCUUUCAUCACAUUGGUGUAGAUACACCCAUUCUUGCCUACACACAAGCAAGGCAAGAAUGGUUACGCACAACAAGACAAUAAAAUUAAU